UGGGACGACAUAGGCUCUUCGCCAUCAUGUCCAGUGUCUCUUUCUCUCUUCUCCGCUCACUCAGGCUUUGCCACGAAACAAAGGUGCAAUUCAGCUGCCACUCUCACGCCAGAAAGUCACCAUGAAGUGCCUCUCCUCGACGGUUGCGAGCCUCCUUUUCUGGGCCAACGCCGCGAUAGCCUGCACAGGGUUUGCCACGCGCCAUGACAUCUUCCUGCCCCUGAACGGCACUCUUGCAGUCGAGAACCAGCUCCCGCUCAAUGCGGCAGGCUAUGCCGUAAGUAAUCUGGGCCGCGGAGCCUACAUGAUCACGGAUGGCGUCUACCAGAGCUUCGUGUUGGUCUCGACGGCCGGGGUUGUGGUCGUCGACGCGCCCCCCACAACGGGCCACAAGCUGCAGUGGGCCAUUGGGAACAUCACCUCCACGCCGGUGCGCUGGUUCGUCUACUCGCAUUCGCAUGCCGACCACGUGGGAGGGGCGUACCUGUUCGCGAACCAGUCGAAUCCCAAGGUCAAGACCGUUGCCCACGCAAACACGGCCUCUCAGCUCGCCGAACGACCCGAUCCCAACCGGCCGGUGCCCCAAAUCACCUUCAAGGACCGCUACGAGCUCGUGGCCGGAAACCAGACACUGGAGCUCUUCUUCCCCGGGAUCGGCCACGACCUGGGCAACAUCAUCGUCUACGCGCCCAAGCAAAAGGUGCUUAUGAUGGUCGACCAGGUCUAUGCCGGGUGGGUGCCUUUUGAGAGCCUGGCAGCGUCCGUAUACGUACCGGGAUGGAUCAGGGGUCACGACCAGAUCCUGUCGUACGACUUCGACGUCUAUCUGGGCGGGCACCUCGGCGGGCCGGCCAACCGCACCGCCGUCGAGGUGCAGCGCGAGUAUGUCAACGACGUCUUCAACAACUGCGCGGCAGCUCUCAUCAAGUCGGGCACCAACGACCCGGCCGUGGGCAUUGCGGCUCUCUCCGCUGACGUCCUGGGCAACAACCCCAACAACGCAUGGGCCCAGUUCGCCGCCUACCUCGACACGGUCGCCGACCUUUGCAACAACAUGACGAGUGCCAAGUGGCUGGGCAGACUCGCGGGCCAGGACAUUUUUGGAUACAGCCACGCUGUCUUUUACCUGCUUGUCUGCAAUAGGUUGUCCGCGCCUUGCUGGAUGUAAUUAUGGCCGAGGUUUGGAUAGCUUGAAUGGUGUGCUGGUGUGCUAGUGGGGGUGCUUUGACCGCUGAUGGACAAGAGUUGCACGAUUUGAUUCAUCAUGUCAAAAAUUAUUACAAGAUUAUAUCAAGUAUGGCACAUUGUAGAGACACGGUAUGGUGCACCAACUCUAGCCGGUUGAGAGUAUAGCAGCAGCGCGUAUCAGGCCCUCGUAAGUGAAUUCCGGGGGUGCGAGGCAAACGACGCUUGCGACGACGUUUCCGGACUCUGUUCUGCCACCUGACUAUGCUCGUCUUGGGGCGGGUGAUGCACCAUCGCUGAGUUCGCGAGACCGUCGAGCUCCACGUAGGCUCGCUGAAUCGGAAGCUCAGUAGGGGAGUUGACUGGGGGCAGGUCGGCGUACUUGAGAUGGGCUGGAAGCACGGGAGCCGGAAAAGGCCCGCACUGGGCCGUGCUGGCGUCUCUGCCGGCGUACGGGUCCCGGUUCUCGGUGUCCCCA